CCUGUCUUCGUCUUUGAUAAAAUUAAUCAUGUCUUUCAAACUGUUCCUGCUGGUGUUAACGGUAGCUUUGUUUGUGACAAUGCCUGUCAAACCUGUAAAUGGCUCGGCUGUUCUUAUUUCCGAUAUGACAAUGUCUGUUAUGGUGGAAUUAUCAUCGCGCUAUCCAUUUUGUAAAAUGCACACCGAUCGAGGUGACAUACAACGUAUGCUGCUGCAAGCUGAUCCCAGGCGUAUACGACAAGUGCCACGAGAAUCGGUAAUGGAAUUGGAAGAUGUAUGCCGAAAUUCUGGUUCGCAUGGUCAUGAAUUCCGUGGUGGCUUGGGUUUUAUUUAUCCUGGAACAAAGUGGUGUGGACCAGGCACUGCUGCAACGAAUUACAAUGAUUUGGGCGUCCAUGUCGACGAAGAUCGUUGCUGUCGUGAACACGACCACUGUCCGAAUGUUUUAAAUGUUGGCGAAUGUAGACGUGGUCUUUGCAAUACUGGUACAUUUACUCGCUCCCAUUGUGAUUGUGAUGCACGAUUCCGACGCUGUCUUCAAUCGCUUAAUACAGAAACUGCAAAUACAUUGGGCGCCAUUUUCUAUAACGUUGUCCAGGUCACCUGCUUCCAGGAACGCAGUCCAUGUUCGGUUCAUCAAAGAGCUGGCUACAAUCAAACCGAACAGGAUGAAAUUUGUGCACAAUGGCAAUAUCAACCCUCCGAAAAAUAUGUACCCAGUGCACCAGGUCGUACAUAAGUCAACAAAA